GAGGUGCGGUGCGGCGACUGCCUGGUGUGGAACCGGCAGCAAACGUGGCUGUGCGUGGUGCCCCUCUUCAUCGGCUUCGUGGGCCUGGGGCUCAGCCUGAUGCUGCUCAAGUGGAUCGUGGUGGGCUCCGUCCAGGAGUACCUGCCCACCGAGCUGAUGGAUUCCAAAGGGAUCGAGCAGGACCCCUUCUUCCUCUCCAAGCAGCCCACCACGCCGCCCAAGAGCGGCGAGCCCACCGCCUCCACAGGCACGGACGCCGCCGCCGCCGCCGCCGCCUCGAGGACGCCCAACCGGAUCAGUACCCGCCUCACCACCAUGACCAAGGCGCCCACCCGCUUCCCGGCCACCCGGGGCCCCAUCCGGGCCAGCCCGCCGCGAUCCACCACGGCGCGCCACACACUGGCGCCCCCGACAGUCUUGGCUCCCACCACGGCAGCCGCUGUCCCUUUCAGCACCACCCUCCUGAUCGCCCGGCCAGCGCCCGGCACCCCCAGGACUCAGCCUCCGCCGGCCUGGCCCACUGCGGCGUACACUACCUCGUCCUACAAGACUUAUCUUCAGGACUCGGCUCCUUCCUGGACCUUAUCCCCCUUCCAAGAGGCCAGCACCACCACCACGCCAGAGACCAACUCCAGCCCCAAAUACCAUACCACAACAUAUUCCAUUGAACAAUCUGAGCACUUUAAGCCAUGCAAAGAUAAGGAUCUUGCAUAUUGUCUUCAUGAUGGGGAAUGCUUUGUCAUCGAAACUCUAACAGGAUCUCACAAGCACUGCCGGUAA